AUGACCAACUGGGAAUCACUACUCGCGCCUGUUUCUGCUGACGCGCCAGCAGAAGCACGGGAAUGGCUGGUUUAUAUCACUGGAGGCAAUAAAACAUGCUUUGGACGUUGUGGACGCGUCGAUGAAGAAUGGAAUGUUGGCAUUGGUGGUCAGAAAUCGAUUCCUAUGUUUGCUGCGGACCUUAGCUCCCCUUCUCUUGGUGUUCUUGACUGUGAGAAGGACAGGGUCCUUUGUUCUAUCUGGUCCGCCAACCCUCCAUCUAUCUGGCAUUUCCAGAUCCCCACCGCUCCCGAAGCUGGUCAACCCAAACCGGCCACGUCAAUUCACGACCUGUAUGUCAAUAGCACUACGGUAACCGCGGAAGAUAUCUACAAAAUCCACUCUGAGAAGCGUUGGGAAAAAGUAUCCGAGCACAACGGUUAUUUCCAUCCAAUGGAUGGAUUCCUUGCGCAGUACGGGCUUAAUGUACCGAUUGGCUACCUCGCCUUCGGUCUCAGUCAAAUUCCAAGCUGGCUUAUGAUGCUUGGUGUUAGCUUCCUCAGCCGAUCAAUGAUGAGCCGCCGUAUUAAUGCCCAGCAGCGGAGACCAGCCGCUGGUGCCACUGCACCUCAAGCGGCCGGAACGCAGUAA